GGUUCGAUAUGAGAUUUUUUUGGGUCAACUAAGAACAGUGUUUUCCCACUAAGAGACAGAAGUGUGACCUACCAUGUCUCCUUGUUCCCCAACUCAACGAUUUCAACGAAUCAACUAAGGGAAGAGGCGUUUCUUUCUCAUGAAGGGUCAAGCAUUAUCACCCACACACUUAUUUCGCAAGAGAUAAGCAUUAUCACCCACACACUUAUUUCACAAGAGAUAAGGUACAUUUCCUCCAUCUCUCUCAUUUCCGUCUUCUACCUCACUCUCUCUUCUCUCACUCUCGACCGACACUUUACUUUCCUUAUCCUAUCGCAAUCUCUCAUCUCUCUCCAUCUUUUUCCAACGACACUCUCAUUCAACUCUCACCUUAUCUCUUAUCUCAAAUCGCAAAAAUCAUCUCUCUCACUUCGCUUUCCACCAUCAAAGCUUCAAAACACCCCAAGAACAACCAUUCUUCACUCAUCCAUCUCCCUAAUCGCUUACCCUUCCAUUUCUCUUUGAAUUCGUUUUCAUUCUCACUCUUCACUACCGUUAUCAAGUUCAUCUUUUUCAUCUCCUCAACCUCCAUCAUCCUUAAUCUUCAUCACUUUACCACCAUCUCGAGCCGAUUUCUCUUUUGUUUCUCCGAUUUGGGAACCAAUACUCUUCAAGCUGUUGGGUUGUUACUCUUGUCAAUUCAUCACCCUUGAAGCUUGACCGUACUCGACCACAUCGAAGAAGAAGACGACUCACCUGAAAAGAAGCUACUCGACCGUUGUCAUCAACACUCGACCGCCGUUUCACCAAAGUACUCGACCGUGAGAAAGGAGACUCACUCAACCGAUCACCACAACUUAUUUUAGAAAGAGAAGAAAAGGGUUGAGAUACUCGAUGCUAUACUCGACCGCACUCUACCUCAAUUCGUCGUCUCAAAGUACUCACCGCUGCCUCCAACACACAACCACUAAAGUCACUCAACCACAAACCAAGAAGAAAAUCAUAUUCUCGACCUCGCAACUCAACACAUACUCGACCUCCUCUCGACCGUAUCACCUCGUUAACCACUCGACCGCAAAAAUCAGAAACCACUCAAACCGGUUUACUCGACGCUAUACUUGACCAACACCGGAUCAUCAUAAGCAAUUAAAGUGGCGAUUAAUCAAUGGAUGCUGAUAACAACGUCGAUGAAGCUGAAUCCUAAUCUACAAGAGCAGAAAGAGAAAAACAGGCAUACGAGGGUUUCAGAACAAAAAUGGAACGCUCUGCAGGUCGUCGUAGUCAGAGACGAGCUGAGAUAGGACGAGGGAAGAGGGCACUCACGGAGAGAUACAAACUGGUAGAUGAGGACUUGGAAGUCGAGUAUGUGCCUGAGCAAUCUGGCAGAGCCACAAAGCUUCUACACAAGCCCGACGAACUAACAGUUGAAGAGUACAUCAAACUCUUCAAGCUAAAUGAUUUAUGGGGAACAAGAUAUUUGUCCUCUCAAACACUGGCACAGUUGGGGUUACUCGAAGACAUUCAGCAUUUGUUCUAGAGUUAUCACUUGGAUACUCUAAUGUCCUACCCAUAUGUUGCCUACAAGGAGGAAACCAUUCAGCUCCUCUCCACACUGCAAGUGGAGCUCUACCAGGGGUUGACAGAAGACGAGUUGGAGAGUGAAGGAUUGGGAUUCUUGACAUUCUCCGUGUAUGGCUAGAGGUACAUGUUGACGAUCAAGCGCUUAGAAGGAUUGUUUGGUUUUCCUAGUAGAACGGGAACCAAACCAAAGUUUGACAGAGGUGAGUUGAAGGACUUGUGGCUCACCAUUGGAAGCUCCGCACCGCUGAACUCUGCGAGGUCUAAGAGCAACCAAAUGUGCAGCCCUGUUAUCAGAUACUUUCAGCGUUCAGUGGCUAAUGCCCUCUACUCUAGAGAGAUAACAGGCACUGUGACCAACUCUGAUAUGGAGAUGAUCGAUUCAGCUCUCAGGGUACUCUCCACCAAACUAAGAAUGGUUUAACUCUGCAAGGUGAUAUCAGUGACACACCUCCAGCAAUACUUCUUUUGAUCCACCUAUGUGGAUACAAGAAGUGGGCGAUCACUAACAACAACAAGAGAGCACGAGGAGCUUUAUGCAUAGGAGGUGUUGUGACACCAAUUCUGAUCGCCUACAAGGUUUCAAUCACAUCUGAAGGAACUAAUCCAAGAGCAAUGAACUUCGAGCAUUUGCAUCACUGUGAGUUCCUCGAGUAUGGAAUGGUUGGCGACAGGCAUCGUUACCGGUUUGAGCAUCCAACGAACAAGAAAGCUAACAUCUUUCUCCCCUGCCUUGCAGCUACACGCAUCAUAGAGGGAAACAACAUUGACUUUGAGCCUGCAAUUGAUGACCUAUAUGUCGAGAGCGCUCAGUCAAUGGAUGAGGAUGUUCCUGUAGAAGAAGCUGUAGAAGAAAAAGAUGAUGAGAUGGAUGAGGAUAGCAAAGAGGAGUAUGAUACAAGAAUGUAUCACUUUGGCGAGCAAGUAGCACCAGCGAGGGAGAGUAAGAGCUUGAGUGAAGCUCACAAAAAUGCAAGCCUGCUGAAGAAGUGGAACAAGAAGCAGGAUAAGAUCAUCGCUAAGUCCCUGAAGACUAUCAAGUCUCUGAAGGUUAUGAUAAGUUGCUCCUCUUCCAGCACGGCUAUGCCACAGGGACAGCCACCUCAGGACAUGCCCUCAAGGAGAUAUGAUGAGCCUAAGCCAAGGCAAUACGGGCCUGAGCCAAGUGAGCAUGGAGUCUCACAUGUCCCUGCGAGGCAUUCCUCACACGAGCCUCGGGAGCACAAGAGAAGGAAGAGAGCUGAAUUUGCUCGCUCUAGCAGCAAGGCACGACUUCUCCAUGUUAGAAGUUCACUCGACCGCGGUGCUGGCCGCAACAGAGGAGAAGAGGUCAAGUAUCACGAGGGAGAUGGAGCUGAGACACAACAGGGAGACUCUUCAAUGGCCUGGCAGGAAUCGCAGGCAGGCAUUGAUGAUCACCUCCGCUCCUUCUUCGAUUGAGGUACGCACUACUCUCCACCAUUGUUAAAUACCAUCCUUUGUUUGUUUUUGUUUCUGUGAUGUUUUUGUCCUGAGUACUCUCUUCCAAAUUUGGUCACACAGAGGACUGUGUGAUUUAAGUUUAGGGAGGGCUCAAGAAGUGUUUGUUAUCUAAUAAAGUUUCUUUUGUUCUUAUUUUCAAAAAAAUAUUUCAUUGUACAUACUCUUGAGUCUGCAUGCAUCUAUGUUUUUGAAAAAAGCCUAAAAAUUUGAAAAAUUUCUGAAAAUGAUUUCACAAAAACAGAGUGUUCAUGUAGUUGCAUUUUCAUCUUAAGAUAGAGUCUAGAAUGUUUCAUAUAGGAGUGUUGCAUAUGCAUAGGGGAUGAUGAUGAGAGAACCUUGUCAUCAUGCUCAUUUACUGGAUGAAUUCAAUGCCCUUGUUGUUAGCUGUUUAAUGCUUGUGAUAGAACUUGAAGUAAGACAGAACCAUAUUUGGAAUUCACAACUUGACUCUCUUGUUCUGAUUAAAGCAUGCUUGAUGUGAUUCUUUUCUCUGUCAAUAUGAACAUGAACUUGACUUAUAAUUAUCAUGUCUUUGCAUUGUUGUUGAAGUUGUGGCUACCAAUACACAUACUUGGAUUUUCUUUCACCUUCCACCACUCUUGCUAAUCCAAGUAGCUGAUUCCCAUUAUUGGAACAGUUUCCCCUACCCUGAACCUAGCCUUUCUUUCAAGACCUAAAUAAAUUUGUGUGUGUCUGAGGCCUAUUUCCAUAUUGAGCUUGGUAGAAAG